AUGUCGAGUCUGGCUCAGUUUGGUACAAACCAUAUCGCAAAGGGCAUUGGGAGGUUGACGACCCAUGUCCUUGAGCGGGGAUCGGGGAGUUAUGUGUAUACGACCGAAGGCAAGAAGUUGCUGGACUUCACCAUGGGGAUCGGUGUGACCAACUUAGGUCAUUGCCACCCGAAGGUUACCAAGGCCGCUCAGGAUCAGGUCGGCAAGCUCGUCCAUGGACAGGUCAACAUUGCUUUCCAGGAGCCACAGCUGAGGUUGAUCGAGAAACUGCUUCCUAUCAUGCCUGACAAGAGCUUGGAUACGUUCUUCUUCUGGAACUCUGGAUCAGAGGCUGUUGAGGCUUCGGUAAAGCUCGCACGCCAAGCUACGGGAAGGCAGAACAUCAUUGUUAUGCAGGGAUCUUAUCACGGCAGAACAAUGGGUACCAUGGCCAUGACCCGCUCCAAGACUGUCUACUCAGCCGGCUUCCAUCCCCUUAUACCCGGCGUAUACGCUUCUCCCUUCCCUUACACCCACCAAUUCCACAAUGGCAAUGCCCAGGAUUGCUCCGAUAACGCAAUUAAGGAGUUGGAAAUUAUGCUCUUGACCCAGACUGCUCCCAAGGAUACGGCUGCCAUCAUUAUCGAGACAGUUUUGGGCGAGGGAGGAUAUGUGCCUCCACCACCCGACUUCUUGAAGAGAGUCAGGGAGAUCUGUGACAAGCACGGUAUUUUACUUAUUCUGGAUGAGGUUCAAUCCGGCUUCGGGCGCACGGGGAAGAUGUUCGCUGUUGAGCACUACGGCGUCAGACCUGAUGUCAUGGUCAUGGCUAAGGGUAUCGCCAAUGGAUUCCCUAUCAGUGGUAUCGUCUCGAGAAAGGAGUUGAUGGAUCUGCAGCCACCGGGUAGCAUGGGUGGUACGUAUGCUGGAAACGCGGUCGCUUGCGCUGCGGGACUUGCGGUGUUGGAUGCGUUCAAGGAGGAGAAGGUGUUGGAUAAUGUUGCCGCACGAUCAAAGCAGCUUUUUGACUGUCUUCACGGAUUGCAAAAGUCGGAGAAGACCGGACACCUCAUCGGUGACGUUCGCGGUCUUGGCCUCAUGGUCGCCCUUGAGUUUGGAGGAGGAAGCAAGGGCGACAACAUCGGUGGUAAGAUUGGUAGCAGAGUUCAGAACAAGUGUGUGGAGAAGGGUAUGCUCGUUUUGACGACCUCCAUUUACGACACUCUCAGGUUCAUUCCAAACCUAUUGAUUAGCGAGGAGGAGAUGUCCGAGGCCUGUGAAAUCAUCACGGAAUCCGUGGAGGAGGUUGCACGGGAGGGUUAG